CGUUUCCAUAUAUUUUUCUAAUACUCGCUGGACUCAUGGGAAUUCACAGUCAAGUGACUACAGUGAGUAAAGUGUCAGUCAAGGCUGGAGGCUCCAUCUCCAUCCCAUGUCUCUAUGAUCCAAAAUACAUAGACCGUGUGAAAUACUUGUGUGAAGGACAGCCUUGGUACUCCUGCACAUAUGCAAUUAAAUCAAACCAACCAAGUUCAGAAAAGUUUUCAAUCUCUGAUAACACAAACCAAACAGUUUUCACUGUGACUAUUAAUUAUCUGAAGAACAAUGACACUUACUGGUGUGCUGUGAAGAAAUUUGGAUUGGAUGUCAAACAACGUUUUCAGCUGUCAGUCGAAACAGGUACGUCAAGUCUGUACGUAGACCAACAGAAAAUUAAUGCAUUUGAAAGAGGAAGUGUGACUGUCGUGUGCCACUAUAAACAUCAAAGAGUAACAAAGUGGUGCAGGCUGGGCAGCACCUGUGUGACGGGUCAGACUGGGUCAAUAGACGGAACACCAGUAACCAUCAAUGCAAGUGUCACAUCUUUUUCCACUGUGACUAUGAGUGAACUGACGACAGAGAGCAGCGGCUGGUAUUGGUGUGCCAACAAAGACUUUCAGAUACCAGUGCAUAUCACAGUUCAUAAAUUACCCUCAACUACUACAACUACAAUGGGCCCUACUACAACAAACUUUACGGAGACACUUCCAACCACUACCCAGCAUGCCUCCCUGCUUACAAGUGCAGAACCUACAAACUCCACCAUAAACGGGGCAGAUGGAGAGGGCCUGCAAGAUGAACACAAGAUUUCUAUAAAAUUGAUGAUUGGCAUCAUCACCAUCAUCUCACUACUGUUGCUCGUUCCUGCAGCCUUUUUUGGAUGGAGGAUUAUAAAGCGCAGUAAGACCAAACCUGACGAGCCUAACAGAACUGUGAUCUCACACACUGGGAGUGAUCCUGAGGUGUUCUACGCCACCAUCACUCAUAAUCAACAUGUAGCAGCCCAGCAGAAGAUUGAACCAGCAGAGGGAAUCUGCAACAUGGCUGUUAAUCUCAGAAUUCUUCUCAUCCUCACCGGACUCAGAGGAAUUCACAGCAUAACUACAGUCAGUAAAGUGUCAGUGAAGGCUGGAGAUUCAAUCACCAUCCCAUGUUUCUAUGAGUCAAAAUACAUAAACCAUGUGAAAUUCUUGUGUAAAGGAUAUACAUGGACCUCCUGCUCGUAUGCAGUUAAAACAAACCAACCAAGUUCAGGAAAGUUUUUAAUCUCUGAUGACAAAAGCCAAAGAAUCUUCACUGUGACUAUAAAUGAUCUGACGGAUCAGGACACUGAUUACUGGUGUGCUGUGGAGAUUGAUGGAGGGCCAGAUGUCAGAGAGUACUUUCACCUGUCAGUCACCAGAGGUACGCCCAGGCUUUAUGUGGACCAUCAGGAGAUUACAGGAUUUAACAGAGACACAAUAAUCAUCAGUUUCCAUCGUUACUUUGGAACAAUGAAGUGGUGCAGGCUGGGUAGCUCAUGUGUGACGGCGUUGUCUGGAUCAAUAGCCGGAGCAAGAGUAACCAUCACUGCAAUGGUUAAUGUUUUCCGUGUGACUAUGAGUGGACUGAGGACAGAGAGCAGCGGCUGGUAUUUGUGUGUCAGUGGAGACUUUCAGAUGCCAGUGCAUGUAACUGUUACUGAGAAACCUACCACCACCACUCUUGCAACAACAACAACACAUUUAACCACCAUAUCGCCCACUCCUGAGCAUGUGAAUCUCACCACAGUUGAGGUUGAAGCGUACAUACGUGCUUCAAUUGACAUAAAGACCCUCAUCAUCCCUUUGAGCUUGUUGAUCUUUAUUGUAUUGGUGACCCUGUUCAUCUGGUUGCUGUUGAAAAAGCACCAGCAGAACAAAUCAGCAUCAUUAACCAAGACAGUGGCUGAAGAGGAAGUAACAUACGCUAAUAUUGGGCAAGUGAGGAAACCUUCAACCCAGACAUCAUAUACUGAAAGUGAUGUGGACGUGAUGUAUAGUUCUGUGGUUGCCAUAAGGCAAAAAAGUGUACAAAGGGUUCAAGCUAUUGAUGAGAAUGUUACAUACAGCACAUUGGCUUAGCAUCAGCACAGCUUAAUACGUGUCUCUGUUUGUCUGUUUACCUAUUAAUCUAUGUGGCUCUUGUUGGAAGACUUUUUUAAAUGAGAGUGUGACAGUGUGUUGUCCUAUGUUAUCAUUUGGUUGUGCAGUAACUUCUCUCUAUUUGGUUUUAUACUUUGUCCAUACUUUCUUCUCUUCUGCUUUUCAAAAACACAUUGCCUUGCUUGUUUGUCAAGUGUGAGACAGUGUCAAUGACUAGGCAAAUCUUGUGUUUACUGUUGUGUUAUUUAUUAGGCCUACAGCUCACAGUAAGUUAAGUUCAUGGACAUGGAAUUUAUCCAUUCAAGUUCACUCUUAUACAAUAAAUAUAAUCUUCAUCUGUUA